CGGAAGCGUUCCCUCCGCCUGAACCCGGAAGCGUUCAGCACCCUGGUUACCAUGGUGACGUCCACGCUGCUGGGAGCUUGACUUUAGCAGGACCCGACAUAACCAUGGGGGAAAGCAGCGAUAAUUCCUACUGCAUCCGGCCGAACUUUCAGCAUAAGUUCAGGACGGCAGCAGUAAAAGACUGUAUACGAUCUGUGCUGAAGGAAGAACUUAAAAGCAAACAAUAUAUUCCUGAAGAGGUUCCACAGCUGUCUCGCCUUUUGUCAGAGACAAUAAAAGAUAAACUCAAAGAAAUGGGUUUUGAUAGAUAUAAAAUGGUGGUGCAAGUUGUGAUUGGUGAGCAGAGAGGAGAAGGAGUUAAAAUGGCUGCUCGAUGCUUUUGGGAUGCUGACACUGAUAACUAUGCUGAAGAUGUCUUCAUGAAUGAAUACUUGUUCUGUGUUGCUGCUGCAUUUGGAUGUUUCUACUACUAAGAAGACCUGCGCAUUACAUCUAAGGGGGGGUUCACACUGCAGAAACUGUUUUUGUUAAAGAGAAACUGGAAUGCAGUGUGAACCAAAGGGAUACUCUCUUGUAAAUAGUCUCAUAUAUUUGUGAAAAUACAUAAUAAAUAUUUUAUGAAUGUA